AACGUUAUAGCAUUGCAGCUAGCAGUAUAUUGUCGAUGCUUUAAUGGCAAUAACAGUUGAUUUUUUUCACUUGGUAAUUGAAGCCUUUUAUCAGCACCUUGACGGUUAUAAGGAUUUAAUUUUGUGGGCGGCUUUCUUGUAUCUGGAGGACAGUGUAGGGCUAUUUUAGAGAACCCAUCUGACCUUUCAGUAGACGAGCUAGCAGCCUCUGUAGCAUGUGACGACGUGUUGUGUGACCAGCGAGCAAUGGUGCACGGACGGGGGAGCGUCAUCACAUCAGAAAGAGAAUGCUGUGUGUUCAUCUGUCAAACAAAACAUGCCUUCAACGUUGCACUGACCAUUAAAAUGGUGUGACAACUGUCAAAAGUCUUGUGUGACAGACUUCCUUCCGUGAGCUCAAUACAACCUCCACAAAAGAUGGAGGACUUGCCUCACUUGUACAUCUCUGAAUUUGGAGACAAUGAGGAUAUGGAGGAGGAAGAGGAGGAGGAGGAAGAGGAGGAGGAGGAGGACAACAACUACAUUUAUAAAGAGGGAACUAACAUGGAAUCAGACAUGAUUAAGUCACUGUACCCAGAUCUCCAUAAACAUCCAAACCAGGAUACUGAGAGAGACUGGAACUCUUUUCCCUGCCAGCACUGUGAGAGACAAUUUACCAGCAAACAAGGCUUAGAACGACACAUGCACAUCCACGCUUUGGCGAACAAUGAGACACACGCAUACAAAAGCAAUAAGAGCAACACAUCUUUUGGUUCAAAUCUGGGUCAGCAGCAGCAUGAGAAGAUGAAGCCUCUGGAUUCAGUAGGCUCAGUCACGCAGCUUCAUACUUCAUCCCCCACUAGCUCUAAUACUUCCAUUUUGUCGGCUGGUGACCACACUGCUCAGCCAGACAAACUGGGAAUAUUAGAGGGGCAUCAUGCUUGCAAUUACUGUGAAAAGAUAUCCACUACACAUACCAACAAGCGACAACAUGAGCACAGGAUCCACGAGCAGCACCAGCAAGUCACUGAUUUGGAAAAAACCCAGCUGCCCCAAGAGAAAAAUCUCCAGAGGACACUCUGUGAAAAAUCUCAACAGGAAACAGAGCUUGGUGACAAUACAGCACCUGCAACUGUUGUGGAGAAUAUAGUGGAACAAGCAGAACAAUACAUGCUGGAUGUCUCCAGCAAUAUUUCAGAGAAUCUGAGCUUUUAUAUUGAUGGAAAGAUAGUGUCAACAAGUACAGUCAGUAGCUGUGAAGCAGCUGAGGUUCAUUCUGGGUCUUCGGCUAUAGUUGGACUGGAUGCCCUGAUUCUAGACCCCACUCAAAUCAGCCAGGUUUUAAAUACAGAUUCAGUAACAGGCAAAGACAUACCUGGUCAACCACUGACCAAGAGAAGAACUGCAACACCACCUCUUUUACCACAAAUUAAAACUGAACUGGAAUCUGAGGCAGUUGUGUCGUCUUCCUCAUCUUCACUCGUAUCUUCUUUGAUAGAGAAUCUACAUCCUCAGAAUACAGAGUCUACAGUUGUGCAGAAGGAAAGAACUGUGUUUCUGUCUCCAAAGCUGAAGCAGCUCCUGGAAAAGCAGGAUGGCCUUAAACCUACACUUGCCCUCAUUGCAGAUGGUCAGAAGCCUUGUUCACCUGUCUCUCUCGCUGCCCUGCCUGCUGGAUCAGGAAGGUUUAAAAGACGGACUGGCUCUCCCCAGCAAAACCCAACAUCUAAAGAAGAAACACCAGACACUGGAUAUUGUGAUGCUGCAAGUACAGGGCAGAUGGAGACCCAACAUAGUUCACCUUUGCACCAAACAGCCAAUGUGGAGGAUGACACAACUCCACCUGUGGAGGAGCCAGCACUGACACCUAUCUUGACAGAGAGCUGGCCCCCCGCGACCGGCGGUAACUCUUGUAACCAGCAGCCACUGGAUCUCUCUAAUACAGUCAAAAGCAAUGGAGAUGUAGCUGUAGCUGAUGCUGUGCUGGAUUUGAGUUUGCAAAAAAAGACCCUUGGUGAUACUGAACCCACAUUAAAUUUAGUUUCACAGGCAAUUUUGAAAGAAGGAAAAUCAUGCGUGGUGGAGACAGCCUUGAUGAAUAUUGGAGAGCAAAAUGUAAGCCUAGGGAAUCUUGAGACCCCUUUAGUCACCGACUUCACCAUAUUUACAGGUCCAGAUAUGAUGACCCAAUUGGAGCCUAUGGCAGAAGGGCUUGUUUAUGGACUUGCACUUCCCUCUGAUUCUCUGACUCCAUCACCUGCCUCCCUCCCUCCCACCCCUGUUGCUUUGCAGCCAGCUUCACCAUGCACUAUAGCAUUUGCUUCCCCAGCCUCACACACAGCACUCCCUACUGCUCCUUCAUUAAUCACAGUUUUGGCACCACCACAUAUUUCUAAUCCUUCAAGCCAACCAAUCCAGGUAUUAGCCCCAAAUAUAUCUUCGGAGCCCCUGGUAAUUUGCACCGAAAAUGCAUUACAUUUUUCCGAGUGUGAUUUAACUACUGCAUUUACCUCUGCAAACCCUGUUACUCUCUCCCAGUCCUUUGAUCCAAAUCUAAAUCUACCUGGCCAUGUGUUUCUCUCUGAUCCACUAGCUCUUAAUCCGCCUAUAGCUGAGUCCACUCCUAUGUCAGAAGUGCCAUUCACGCCUACUGUAACUUUAACUGAUUCACUCAUCAACUCUUACAACAUUACCAGCAACACAGUGUUGAUAGAGUGCACAAUAGCUCUUGAAGCCCCAGGGAGUAUAGUCCCUGCUGCAGUUACCUUACAAGAAAACACUGCUGAGCCUCCCGCACCUACACAGAUGGUUGUUAAUCACAUAGAACAGCAACAGAUUGUAUCAAUGCCCAAUCCUCAAACUGUGGACCCCACUAUUGUUAUGUCCUCCAUCUCAGAAUCAGUAACUCUAUCCACCACCGCCUCAGUGAUAUCUGAUUGUCCUACUGUGGGUGAAUCAAGUCCUGACCCAGAGCCUGUUGUUAAUACAGAGUCACCAACCAUAAAAGAGGAGGAACCUGCUGACAGUACUGUUUCCAUACCCGAAAUCUCAUCUAAGACCUCACCUUCUUCUGAGAAAGCUGUAGAGGACGAAUCCUUAAACAACAUACCAAGUGAUGCACAACUGCAGACUUUCACCAAGAAUUUUGUCUGCAAUGUGUGCGAUAAUCUUUUUCAUUCGAUGAAAGAACUGGGCCAUCACGUAGGUGACCAUGCUGAUGAAUGGCCCUACAAAUGUGAGUUCUGCGUGCUGCUCUUCAGCAAACCCUCCGCUUUGCUUGAUCAUCGAUUAAGCCUCCACGGCGUCGGCAAGACUUACGUUUGCAGCGCAUGUGCAAAAGAAUUUGUCUACCUUUGUAAUCUGAAACAGCAUCAGGAAGAAUUGCAUCCUGGCCAGCAGUGUACGUACACAGAAGACGAAAAGGGAAAACUAAGACCUCAGAACUACAAUAACUCAACAAAAGUCAGCACGCAGCCCUCGGUGCCCGAUGCCGCAGAGGAACCCAAGAAAGUGGUGAAAAAGGAAGAAGGUGAAGUAGAUGUGGCGGCUGAAGAACUGUUUACAACAAUAAAAAUGAUGGCCUCAGAUGGAGCCAAAGCCAAAGGCCCUGAUGUUCGUCUUGGCAUUAACCAACAUUAUCCCAGCUUUAAGCCCCCUCCAUUUCCUUACCAUAACAGAUCACCUGCUGGCUCAGUGCCUUCAGCCACAAACUUCACCACCCACAACAUCCCACAAACCUUUAGUACGGCUAUUCGGUGCACCAAGUGUGGAAAGAGCUUUGAUAACAUGCCAGAGUUACACAAGCAUAUCCUGGCUUGUGCAAAUGCCAGUGAUAAAAGGCGAUACACGCCCAAAAGGAAUCCUAUCCCACUGCGUCACUUUGCAAAAACUCAAAACGGAGUUCUGUCUACCACCAAUUCUACUAACGGACUAAAUGCUUCGAACAGGCCCAGCCAGUCAAACAGGUCCAAACCUAACCAAGAAUCACAGGUGAAUGUGAAGUUCAAGGUGUUGAACAAAAAGAAGAAAAAGUUGGUCCAAAGGGUCAUGCCACAGAGGAACAAGCCAGUCCCUUCAUCAAAUAAAAUGUCACCUGCACAGGUGGAUGAGGAGAUCUUUGUCUGCCCACACUGUAGCAGGGAGUUCACAAUGCGUCGCAGCAGAACCAAACACAUGGCAGUCUGCCCCAAGAAACCGAAAGAGGUGAAGAAAAGGAAAGAAGGAGGAAUCUCCGUGACAAAGGAAAAUAAUAGACACCUGCAUAGAGGGGUUGAAGAGAAACAACAGGCCUCGCCUCAGCAUAAAACAAGACUCCAGACUUCUGGCCCUGCUAAAAGGUCCGCCAUCCUACCAGUGCAAACGGUCUUUUCAAACAAAAGAAGUAAAAUAAUUAUAAAAGAGAGCACGCAGCCAAAACAAGAGACACCCACUCUGAAUGAACUUCCCAUUGUUCGCACUUUCAACCCCUCUAUGCGCCAGUACAGCAGAGUGCAGCAUAACGUCAAAGGAAUCCCCAUUAAAAUCACCAUAGUGAAACCACAACAGGCUGCACCACAGAAGGAUGAGCUGCCUCCUGCCCAGAGCCGAGAGGAGGCAACUGGAGCUGUCACCAAUCGCUCUGAGCAGAGUCCUACAGCCUGAAGACUACUCAGCUACCCAUUGGGGAUCAUCAGGACUCUGCUGUGUUGAGCUCCUCAUACACACUUGUGUCACAGUGAUACUACUAUAAAGGGAGGUAACUGCUAAUUACACUGUAAACCCCACUGACCCAAACGGCAUCAUACUGUACAAUAAUAACUGGAUUGAGGAUGGAUAAAACAGACAAUACUGCAGUGAGUGGAUGUAUUUAACUACGUAUUUGAAUGCUUUUGUAGUAGCUUGGAGUUUUGUAGAUUUCUCCUUCACUUCAUACACUUUCUGUCAAUGGCGUGGAUUUGCACUUUGAAGUUAAUCUGACUGCUACAUGUCACAAAUUUGAAAGGAAGUGGGAGGGAUAGAGCUGGAAGGCUGCUCUCAUUUCCUACUUGGGUGGGUUAUUUAGAGAGGAUGGCAGGUGGCAAUCAGUCUCAGCAUGCAUUUGCACUUUUCUUUAAUUGUAGUCUGUGGCCUUUUUGGUUUAAACUCUUACUGCAUGCUGUGAUCUUGUACUACAGUAACAAUAAUUUAGGAUGGAUUAUGUUGAUUCAAUUAGGCCUUAAACACUUAAUCUGAUGUUUAGUCUGAUUGACAAUAACCAGUGUAAUUACAUAAUGGAAGACGCAUCAAGAUCUAAACGCAAGACUACGCAAUCAUGGAAAAGUAACCCUCUAUAGUACAGUGUAACAUUGUCCACAAGCUACCUAUCAAAACGCUUAAGGAUAUCGACACUGUUGAUGAAAGUCAGUGUUUUCAGUUUUGGAAGGAAUGUACCAUUAGUAGAUAUAUUGAAAAUCAAAAUUGUAUUUAAUCUGGUUGGCCCAGUUGCUUUGUAUUUGUAUGAAAGUUUUGAGAAUAAUUCCUUGAAUGUGCCAUCAAAUGUAUGUAAUAUGACUAAAUGUGGCACAAAGACGAUAAAGAAUAAACCUAGUUUGCGGUUUCCCUCAUAUGGGAUAUAUUUGGCACUGCAAUUGCAAACAGAAGUACCAUAAUCUGUAAAAGUUGGAUGCAUCAUUGACACCUUUACAAUAAUAAGAGUUCAACUCUAAACAGGAUUGACAGAGCUAACUUCUUGAAUCCUGAAACACUGAAAUAGUUCCAGUAGUCCAGUAGGCUUUAUUUUGUACCCAUUUCACAAAAUGCUUGUCAGAAAUAUGAUUUUGUGUUUAUUUUUCCCCAUUCAACAACUAUAACUCAUCAUAUUAGAUAUUCCAUCUGUUUAGGUCUUUGUCAUCUGUAGCAUACAGGUUUAUAAUCUGUCAACAGUUUAUUGUGUGAAGUGUGUAUAAUAAAUCCCAACUUGUAUAAA